UACAUUUGGUAGAGCGGUUUGCAAGGAAAUGGCAGAUUUUGUUAGGGAAAGGUAAAUAUAUGUGCCUAAUUCUUCCAACCCUUUCUCAGUAGCUUCUCUUCCAUUCGAUCAGUUUCAUCGUUGACCAUUUGCCCCCUCACCAAAGCAUGCAGUGUCAGUGAGCUGUCAGUUUUGUGGAUCGGCACGUGAUACGUUUUUGACCAAUCAGCAAUAGCGUUUGGUUGAGACUCCUUCAACAGAUCAAGUUGAGUCUAUCUCUGUCAUCUUUACUCCUUUGUCAACUUAAAAAACAAUUUCAUACCAAGCUGAUGCUGAUUUUCUUACUUCAAGAGCAAUAAUUGAAGACGUUUAUGCCAAAAGUUUAGCGAAACUGGCCGCCUCUAUUUACGGAGAUCAGGAAGAAGGGUAGGAAAUAUUCAUUAAUUUUUGCACCUUUCUGCCACAACGCAAAACGCAAAUUACAUAAAAAUGCCAUAAAUCAUGAAACCUCCAGGCCUGAAAAUCCAGCUCAGUAUGAUACUGUAUAUUUGUUGUUCUUUUUAGGACGCUUGGCAGAGCGUGGAAACAUCUUAAGACGAAACUACAAGAGGAAGCGAGCGCUCACCAAGCCUUCGCAGUAAAGGUAACACAUACGAAACGUCGUUAUGAGCGACAAAGCUUCAUUCCGAUCCGUAUACCCAGAUUGUCAUCGCUACUAAUAGCUACGUGGGGGUUCCUUACUUGCAUCCGGGAACUAAGCUGAAUGGACCUAUUCCCUAAUGAACAAAAUUUUGAUCUAGACAAGUCUAGACAAAAAUUUCAUCACAUUUCAUUUUAGUAAUGAAAAAAGGUAUCAAUUUCCCGUGCGUAAUAAAAAAUAACUGAAAAAAUGGCAAACUUCGCAGGGCUAUAUUAUCUGCAUUUUACAACAUUUCGCAACGCAACUUCGGAAUAUUACUAAUUUUGUCAUGUUCUUUCAAGUUGUGAUGAAAUUUUUGUCUAGACUUGUCUAGAUCAAAAUUUUGUUCAUUAGGGAAUAGGUCCAUUACGUACAAUAGGACGCAUCUCAAUCUGAUCGAGUCGAAGGCUUUCUAAGGUCGCCUCUGGCAGCCUAGCCUCCUGCGCAGACGUUGUUAGUGGCCCGAGGCCUCACCUGUCUGAUCACGGAGCACAGCUACGGUGGAAGGGUCAGUUAGGGAGCUAAUCCCAACCGUAUCAACAUUCCCUGUGGGAGGAAACCGGAGUACCAGCCAGGUGAUCUUGAUACGCGAAAAAGUACUGGCACUAGUUGUCAAAUAGAAAUCCAUUUUAUAAUUAAAACAACUGGAUAUCUCCUAUAAUAUACUUUAUUUUGAUUCCAUAUUUUUGUCAGAGCUAUAGUUCUCAUAACCAAACAUAAUUACAAAAUUUCAACUAGUUUCAUAAAUAAUAAUGAAAGAUAUAAUUGACUGAAUACAUCAAAAUGGAUGUCUAUUCGGACAACCCUUUCUGGGCGCUGAUUGGCUAAAAUACGAACACGAGAUCACCUGGAGGAGAAAACCAACGAUUCCUUUCGGCAGAGCGUUGACUGACUCUUUUCACGUGAAUAUCACGAGACCGUAGCGACGCACGAUGGUGAAAGUCGCCUGCUUUGACGAUUGCACCACCGAAGAAGUAUUUGCUAAUAAAAGUUUGGAGUUUAGUCCAUCCCUUGUAAAGUACUAUACGGUUGUGAAUAUACUGUAUAUAUUUUGUUUUCGCAAUUCAAUGUGAUUCUAUUUUUUGACAUUGUAGUUGGUUAAUAAGGUGCAAAAACCAAUCCAAACAAAGGUCGCGGAAGAACAAAAAGCGGACAAAAAGAUGGUAAGAUGAAAAAAACUAAUAGUUCCAUUGGGAUCAACAUAGUUUGGGAAUAAUUUUCGUGGGCGGAGUAAAAAGGUGCCGCGCUCCUGCAUCAUCAAACCUCCAAUCCUCUGAUAAAAAAGAAAAAAGAGCACACACAAUGGGUACAUACUGCACUAACGCCCAUCUGGUCCAGAAGCAAAAUUUCUCCCUGAUACCGCUAUAACUAUCAUGGGCGGUGCUCUGUCACGUCGAGGUCCGGUGGACAAGUUGUCCCUCUGCCCUUCCCCCUUGCGGUGGCGCUGAGUAUUCGGCAAAGCGUUCUAUGAAAUUUUUGCACGUCGAAACAAUAGAAGAUUUGUCCCAAUAUAUAAUAAGACCCUGAGUUAACGCACAUCGUAGUAAAGGUUGUUAAAAGCUAAAGAGAUUCAGGUGUAAUCAGGUUGUUUUUGUUUUUGGUUGUUUAGCAUGAUCAAUUCAAAGAUUUGCUUCACGAAGAUAGGAAGGCUGUCUCUUCAUCGUUUGCUUUGGUUGAAAAGGUUUGGACAUGAACAUAAAGUUCUCGAGUAACGAGUACAAUAUGGAAAGCGACUCUAUAUGUGCGAAUUCACUCAAUAGCGGCUCAUUUUUGAGCCGAAAGUGGUUAUUUUUAUCGCGCGUAAUACAAAUAUAUACAAAAUUUGCGAACUUCAAAGAGCUACUAUAUUUUCUUCAUUUUACAACAUUUAGCAACCAAUCUUUGCAGUUUUACACAUUCUAAGACGCUCUUUCUAGCUGUGGUAAUGGUUUCGUUCUUCUUGCCUUGAUCAAAAUUUAGUCUAUAUUUGUCUAUAGCUAGAAUCAUCCAUUGUGGGUGUAGAGAGAAAGACAUAAAAUUGCAUAUGACCUAAAUGAAAAAUUAUUGUAUUUUUUUAAUCAAGGCUCGCGAAAGUGUAGCGGAAAAACAAAAGGCUGUUGGCGAGAAAGAAAUUACAGCACAACAAUCUUCCAAGGUAAUUCGAACAAACAAAAUUACUAAGAAUUGUGCAUAUAUAUAUAUAUAUAUCUAUCUAUAAUAUAUGCAAUUGAGUUAAGUUUUGGGGAAAUGGGGUAGAAAGUCCAGAAUACUGUAGCUAGGCUUCAUUGUAUAUAAGCUGAGUAUUGAACGAAUCAGACGAACUUUGGUACCUUGAAAAGCAGUUGUUGUAUGACUCGGGCGCAUAACUACGAGUUUAGGUUUGGAUGCAUGUUAAAACGAAAAAAUGUCAGUGUCAUAAUCUGUGGGCUCGUUUUCUUGCUCCCCUGCACUCACUUCGUUAGAUACCAUGCAUCUAAAGCAUAUAUAUGAAUCGGCCCGACUAAAAUCGCAUCGUGCACGCUCGAAUCGUAAACCCUUUAAAAAUAUUUUUCCUUUGUUUCAAGGCUUUAGACAAAUACGAAAAAGCAGUGAAGAAAACGGUUCAAGCUGGUAUACAAGUUUUCAAAACUUUCCUAACUUGUUUGGGUAUUCUUGUGUUCAAGAUUUUAUCUUUUCUUAUCACUUGAAGGUCACGGACAUCGGAAAGCCGUUGAAACGUACAACGCAAGUCAACGAAAAUGGGUGGACGACAUGGUUUCUGCUUGUUCGGUAUGUUUGUUUCUGCAGAAAACACAAGAGAACAGCGAACAAUUCGUCUCCAGAUGUUGUAUAAUUGUUGUAUCCUAUCUUGAAGUUCGUAAAUACAUUACACACGUAAAAACGCACAAGUUGUAACAAACCUUGUCCGAACACAUCUUGUUGACAAGCUGUUAGAUUUUUACUUGUGUACCAUAUUUAAAUAUUUUUAGACGUUAGAAAAGCAAGAAGUAGACCGAGUUGAAUUUACCAAGAAGCAAAUUAUGCUGUAUGUGUUUUUGAGGAAAGAAGUGAAUGAAAUAUGCGAAAAGGUAACAAAGGUUCCGUUAUCACAGUCUUGCAAAUACUGUAGUUGCAAUACCCUUUCCGACUGCACACAUGAAAACGCACAAGUUGUUACAGGUCUGCAAACAAGUUGUUACAAAUCUGUUCACAAGCUGUUGACAAGUUGUGUUCGUACUGCUUGUUCCCAGUUGUUGUAACAAGUUUGGAACAAGCUGUUAACAACUUGUAACAAGCUUGAUGGCAUUAUCCGACUUGUUACAAGGUUGUUCUAACAAGUCUGAUACAGUCAUGAUAUAACAAGAAUGUUACAAGGUUGACGACACAAGGUUGACGUAACAAUAUUGUUAUAUUGGUUGCGCACAGCGGACUGCUGUCACGUGAUAUCAUCACUGUAUUGGACUUGUUGGAACAACCUUGCAACAAGUCUGGUAAUAUCAUGUGAGAUUUUUUUGCGUGUGCAAGGGAGGAUUUCCACUCACAGAGAAAUAUUUCGCUUGAUUUCUUUUGAAUUGUGACCAUCAGUUCUACCUGACAGCUCACAAUUCAAACGAAAUUGAGCAAAGUGGAAAUCCAGCUUAAUUCCACAGUCGCUCAAAAUUGUUUCGCAAAUGAUACAUGGGAAUACUCCAACCAGAACUAUAGGACGUAAAACCAGGCUGUUCUAGCGUUGUGAAAGUUCUGUACAUGUUUUAGGCCAUGGAAGAAAUUGUUAGCAAAGUGGAUGAAGUUGACGCUCACAAAGACAGAAAAUUAUUCAUAGAUAAGUGUGGAACAGGUUCAUUACGACCGGUGGACAUGCCGUAAAAUACCUGGUAGUAUUUAGGGAUAGCAAUUCUGCCAGGGGGUAGUUGGGUACAUGCAGAAUCUAUAGACAUGCAUGAUAAAUAAUUUAUCCAGUCUUUGGCGACGUGAAUCACAAUUGUUAAAAAUUUUAUCCAGUCCUAUAUAGGGCUUCAUGAAAAACUGCUUUAUCCUGCAGUUUCAUGACUUGAGCAAAUUAUCCAGUCUUACAACGGAUUUUUAAUCACUAUUCGGCCUUCGUACAGCCGGGACCAGUAAUACAAGGAUCGGUUAUUAUUUAUGGCGAGGGGUGGCACCGAAGAGAAAAGGGUUAAUAGGUAAACCAAAUUUUGAGUGAGUAAAAGGUUGGGUAAAUGAAAAACAAAACAACUCAAGGGUUGGGUAAUAAGGAUUUAUUGUCAUUCCCAAAACAUGACUCACUCAAUUAUUGAAAGUACCUAUGUCAUGAUUUGGGAUUUUAAAUAUUUUUUAUCUUUGGUGCAUUUUAUGAAGAAAUGCAAUAUAUCUUUAUAAGAAAAUAUACCAUCUUCAUAGGAUUAUCAGCCCUCAAAGUUACCGGAUAUGACGUCAAAUCGGGAAUUUUAUACGCUAGAAACAAAAGAAAUCUAAUUUGCAAUUCCCAGUUUGAUGUCAUAUCCGAUAACUUUGAGGCCUGAUAAUCCUGUGAAGAUGGAACAUUUUCUUUUAAAGAUAUAUUGCAUUUUUUCAUAAAAUAUACCAAUGAUUACAAAUAAUAAAUUACACAAAUCAUGACAUAGGCACUUGAAGACUAAAAAGCAUGACCAAAUGGUAUUAUCAUAAUCAAGUACAAAUUACUAACAUCAUUACCACAUCGUUUCAACCCUAUACAGUUGCAAAGAACAUUCCAGGUUAUGAAUAUGCCAUCUACAAAAAUAUUGGGAGAUCAGCCCCCCAGAACGGCAUGAAAUUUUUACACCACAUGUAAAAUAAUUUUAUUAUUUAAUUUUCACAACUGAAACAAGUUACAAAUUGUACGCGCAAAUAUCGUAAUUUGUACAAAUAAUUUCAUAUACAUAAAUUUUGGGUACAUAUAAUUUGAUAGAAAUAAAGUAUUUUUAUGAUAUAAUUGAAAUAAAUUCUUACUGCUCUUUUUGUGCGUAUAUUUAAAUGUUUCGUG